AUGGCGUACAGUGAGUCACUGGUUGUUGUGAAUGGGACUCAGGUGUGUUUCAUUGGACAUGAUUGUGAGGACAUCCCAGAGUUUCUUGCAGCUGAAUACGGAGAUUUUGCAAAACGCCUCGAUCUCAGCUUUAAUCGAUUAAGGUCACUGACAGGCCUGAAAGUGUUCAGCCAACUGGAAGAGCUGAUUGUGGACAACAAUCUUCUAGGAAAUGACGUCCGGUUGCCCAGGUUACCACGGCUCCAUACCCUGACACUCAAUAAGAACCAAAUCACUGAUAUCGAGGAACUGCUGGAGCAUUUGCAGGAAGUGUCACCAACACUGGAGUACCUGAGCCUGCUGGGAAAUGAGGCUUGUCCCAAUGAGCUGGUCAGCUCGGAUAAAGAUGAGGAUGACUACCAGAGAUACAGGUACUUUGUGCUGCACAAACUAAAAAAGCUAAAGUUUCUGGACAGCAGGAGAGUAACUCAGCUCGAGCAGCAGGAGGCCGAGGCACGUGGCGCCUUCAUGAAGGUGGUCAAGCCCAAAAACGAGCAGGACACAGCCCUGGAUAUUAGAUCGGAUGUCGGGGCCACACCUUACACUCCUCUACCGAGAUCCAGAGAUGCCAAAAAUUCCAAGGGAGUGUUUGCCAAAUGCCGUUAUGUCUACUACGGCAAGCAUUCUGAGGGAAAUCGCUUCAUCCGCAACGACCAGCUCUGAGGGACAGAUGGACAGGCCGCUGUAUGAGGUUCAUGUGGAUUCCUUCCUGCAUGUCUUUAUGUCACCACAUGCAUUUUAAACAGCCGAAUGCAGCCUUCUGCUGAGUGUGCCAUCCCUGCCACCUUUCAUCCCUGUCUCACUGCCUGAGUACUGCCACUCACAUU